GAAAUCCCGCCUGCCGUGGAGUCGCUGUCUCCGCAGUUGCUGCCGUCGUUGUUGUUGUGGUUUGUACGGUCAACUCCUCGGCUCCGCGAGCCGCCUCGACCUCCUCCUCGCCGCCGCCAUGAAGUGGAUGUUCAAGGAGGACCACUCGUUGGAACACAGAUGCGUGGAAUCCGCCAAAAUCCGCGCGAAAUAUCCCGACCGGGUUCCGGUGAUUGUGGAAAAAGUCUCAGGCUCUCAGAUUGUUGACAUUGACAAACGGAAGUACUUGGUGCCGUCCGACAUCACCGUGGCUCAGUUUAUGUGGAUCAUCAGGAAAAGGAUCCAGCUUCCUUCAGAAAAGGCCAUCUUCCUCUUUGUGGAUAAGACAGUCCCACAGUCCAGCCUAACCAUGGGACAGCUUUAUGAGAAGGAAAAAGAUGAAGAUGGAUUCUUGUGUGUGGCCUGCAGUGGAGAGAACACUUUUGGCUUCUGAGGGCCAGCGUGAUCUGGGUGCACCGAUGAUCCUCUUUGUGUAUCUUGUAAAUAGCCGGCCAUUUUCAGUUAUCACACCAGAUCUUCUUGACAUAGACCUCUUAGUGCAUUUGUAACUGGAUUUAUUUCUUAAUAUAUUGGAAAGUUUUGUUUCUCUAGACUAGUAAAUUAUCAUACAGAGUUUUAUUCUUUUUUGUGCAUUGUGCUCAUGGCUAUCCUCCCCAGGGAACGUGUUACUCUGGGAAUCCUAUUUAAUGAAGAUAUUUCCACACUGAAGUGAGGUAGGCAGGAUAUUAAAAUGAAAGAGAGGGAGAUGAUGCAUUUAUUCCACAUUAUGUUUGAAGUGUUAGAUGGCUAAGUAUUAAAGCAUCCAGAUUAAAUCCUUAGCAAUCAGAACACUUGCUUCACUAGAUUUUUGCCAACUGCCAAUCAUGUUGGACUGAGCUAAUCUGUUCUUCUUUCUGAAUCUAUUAAGGUAAAUAAUUAACAAUAAAACUUGUAAAGGCA